CACAUCAAGCAGUCUCCUAUCACUCGAUAAGGGUAUCAAGUAACAAUGGCCUCUGAAUUCACUGGCACUCAAGUCUACCAGGAUAAUUUUGACCCCAAGAUUUAUUUAGAUACAUAUUAUGGUGCUGUGUCUGGAGUCUUCAUUAAAGAUGGAUACCUAAAUUUCAUUUUGAGAAAAUUACACAAAGCUUUCACAACAGGUGGUGUAAGAGGGACCUCAUUGAUUGAUAUUGGCCCUGGUCCUGCCAUUUACCAGGAAUUGUCAGCCUGUGAAGCUUUCAAGGAGAUAACUGCAGCAGAUUUUACUGACCGAAACAGAGAUUACUUGGAGAGGUGGAGGAAGAAUGAGGCUGGCAUGUUUGACUGGACACCGGCUUUAAAAUUUGUCUGUGACUUGGAAGAUCGUAGUGGGAAGCCAGCUGAGAAGGAAGAAAAACUGAGGAAGACACUGAAAAGAGUGAUACCAUGCGAUGUGACCAAGAGUAACCCUCUUCAUCCACUUGUCCUACCUAAAGCUGAUUGUGUUCUGACCGUGGGAUGCUUGGAAUGUGCCUGUAAAGAUGAGGAUGCUUAUGGAAAUGUCAUAAAAAAUCUCUCAUCCCUGCUAAAAAUAGGAGGCCACCUGAUCAUCGGUAGUAUAUUAGGAAGCACUGUAUUCAAAUGCGGCACUAAGCAAUUCUCCCUCAUUAACCUCAGUGAGAAAUUUCUUAGGAAAGUCAUAACAGAUACUGGGUUUGUCAUUGAAGACCUAGAAGUUCUCCCGAGAGAAUUUGAUAAACCUAUGUUUGAUAUUUGCAAUCAUACCUCCGGUAUUUUUAUCCUAGCACGCAAAGUCAAAGAUGUGUAACACAGAGAGUUCAAUAAUAUCCAUAGACAAGCAACUAAUUACCUGAAAUGAUGGUGCAUUGUUUUCUUGAUGCCAGAAGGUAGCAGUAAUUGCUUAUAAUAUAAAAAGAUAAAUGUUAUUCAGAACUUGAAAUCUUUUUUGUGUUCUUUGAAUCAUGAAUUCGAUGUUUAGAUUUGGAGCUGCAAAUAAAUAAUUUCUCUUAAAGCUGA